UGCAUAAAUUAUUUGCAUGGUUUCCUGCAAUUGUGCAGCACUUGAUGUUUCCUGCGCUGUACAACACUUAAACGCUGCCAUUUUAGUGUUUUGGGUUCGGCAUUAAAUUAAGCAGAAAAUUGCUUAAAACGAUAUUAAAGAAUAAAUAAGUAUUAUUCGUUUGCAUAACGGCAAUCAGAAGUCAGCACGACGGUGGUCACAAUUGUAUGACGGAGUGGAGUGCGGCGACCAAGACCCAACGUACGCCUGGACAGGCACGGCUCACAUAUUGAGGAGAGACGCCUUGGGAUCGUCACGGGUAGUCCGUUUAAUAUAGAAAACUAUCUGGCAAUUGGAAGAAUUUCCACCUCCGCCCAUCUCCAUCAAAAGAAGCCGCCGCCAUGUCCCGCAGUGUGCGCGCCGAGACUCGCAGUCGGGCCAAAGAUGACAUUAAACGUGUGAUGCAGGCCGUAGACAAGGUGCGGCAUUGGGAGAAGAAGUGGGUGACCAUAACCGAUACGACAAUGAAGAUCUACAAAUGGGUGCCCAUAUCGUCCAAUAGCGAAAAGAAAUCUAAGCUGCAGAUGAGCAAUAAGAUAAGCGACAAGGAGAACUCGCAGAAGGGCACACCCACUCCGCCUCAGAUCACGCCUAGCUACGCUGGCCUCACUGCUGAAGAUUCCAAUACCUGUUUCUCUGUGGUGAGCGACAGCCAGGGCGCCGAUUUUGUGUCGAGCAUGCCCUUCUCGGAAGACUCCAACUCACAGGGCAGCGAUGGGCCGGUGAAGCGGAUGAAAACGAGUGAUUAGCCAGACAUUCAAUACAUUAUAGAGCUGCUAACUUAAAGACAAUCCUGUGCGGAUUGCAGGCUGUGUGUGUCAAGAAGACUUGGGAGCUCCGGCGUAUUGUGAAGCCGCAGAUAUGCACAUCCAACAUAUACAUAUAUAUAUAUACAUACAUACAUAUAGAAUACGCAAUUUCUUUUUUACUAUAAGCCAAUAGUUACUUUACGAAUGAAUAAUCAAUCAUCUGCCUCAGAAAGACUUAAAAAGAAUUAUUUGUCUCUCGCGAGGACGACAACCUUCGUCCUCAUUGACAGACAGCACUGCCUGUAGUUGUGACAGGCAGGCAUAGGGAGACUGCUGAUGCGUAUCCCCAUUAAUGACCAGUAUAGAGACAUAAUGUACCCAUUGUACGAGACGCUAAUAGGCAUACAUUAGUCCUUAGUCAAUCAGUAGUUCUUAUUUAUUGAUAACUCGCGCUUCUGCUGCUGAUUUCUUUCUCCCCCUAAUUUACACAAUCAAUUUAUUUGUAUGGCAGUCGAAGCGCUCUUAGCUGUAAGUUUAAAAAUAAGAAAAAAUUGUAUUUAUUUGAGUCUGCACGCAAGCCUGCAGAUACGGUGGGCGUGUGUGCUUGUCCAUGUGGAAGUGUGGCCUCCGGGCUACGAUUCCACCUUUUUUUUUGCUAUAUUUUUAUAUCGAAAAAUAUAAUGUAAUUAAAAUCAUGCUUUCAACUACUGUUUUAGGGUGUGUACCACGCACCCACGAGAAUUGAAUAAUAAAAAUGCUUGUAAGCGAAGGCAAAUACUUAUCAGGAA